CACCCGAAUGUUCUAGGUUGUAUUGAAGUCCUCCAAGAUGACGAUUUUCUAUACUGCAUCAUGCCUUAUUGCGCUGGAGGUGACUUGUACGGCGCAGUGAUGAAAAACUUCCGUCCGAACGAAAAACAAGCUCGUACCCGAUUUCGGGAACUUCUAGCGGGACUUUCUCAUCUUCAGAAUAAAGGAGUUUGUCAUCGCGACUUGUCGUUGGAAAACCUGUUGUUGGACGAGACUGACCAAGUUGUAAUAGGGGACCUCGGACUUGCUCUUCGUCGCUGUCUCAUAACGGCACAGGGUAUUUGCGGAAACUUGACCUACAUUGCCCCCGAAAUCAUUGCUGGUGAGGAUUUUGACGGUUACGCUGUUGAUCUUUGGUCGGCGGGUGUGAUCCUCUUCAUUAUGCUUGUCGGCCGUGCUCCGUUUCGAUGGGCGCACAACUCUGAUCAGAGAUUUGCGCAGAUAUCGUCCAACCGCCUUCGCGAAAUGAUCAAACACAUAGGAAUCCCACUGAGCAAUACUGUUAUUGAUUUGCUCCAGAAUAUGCUUUGUCGUGAACCAAACAAACGGCUUCUUCUCCGUGAAAUCUUGUCGCAUCCUUGGAUG